GUCAGUUUGUGUGGCAUUUUGGCCCAGCAAAACAAUGGUGGCCAAACAGAGGAUCCGGAUGGCAAAUGAGAAACACAGUAAAAACAUCACGCAGCGAGGGAGUGUUCAAAAAAGUUCGAAAACAACACCAGAUGAAAAAUCAUCAGUCGGUCCCUGGCUCUUGGCACUUUUCAUUUUUGUUGUUUGUGGAUCAGCUAUCUUCCAGAUUAUUCAGAGUAUUCGGAUGGGCAUGUGAAAUGGACAAAAUUCAAAUCUUUGUACCUUUUUAAGUGUCUUGCUGUUAAUUCCAGCUGUGAGUCUGACCAUUCCAACACUUCCUUUGUCUUACAAAC